AUGGGCGACCUGGAGUGUGGCUUUGCGGAAAUGCAAGGCGUUCGACUGGGCUACCUGCUCAUCCAGGGCAAGCAGAUGUUUGCUUUGUCUCAAGUCUUCACCGAGCUGCUCAAGAACAUUCCGCGCACCACCGUGCACAAGCGCAUGGACCACCUGAACGUGAAGAAGCACCACUGUGACCUGGACGAGCUGCGCAAGCUCAAAGCGAUCAACUCCAUCGCGUUCCACGCAGCCAAGUGCACGCUUAUAUCGCGGGAGGACGUGGAGGCUCUCUAUGUUUCCUGCAAGACGGAGCGAGUGUUGAAGUCCGGCAACAACAAAAGGAAAGCGACGUCGUUGUCUCCCGCCGGGGGCGGCCUCGCGGACGCCGAGCUUUGGCAGGAAAAAGUUUGGUUCAGCCUGCACGGCGUGCAGGGCAAAGCGGCCCGGGGGAGGAGAGAGCCCUGCGACUCCAAACUACCUCACUUUUACCACAGAAGCCGCGGACGUGAUUACCGUUCGGCCACAAAGUCCGCUCACAGACACUUUAAAAACUACGAGACGGCCAAGUUGCAAGGGAACCGGGCGCCUCCGCUUUUCCGGAGCGCUCCCGAAGCCGCGCUCCAGGCCGCCGCGGCUGCUCGUUCCAGGCUGUCUCGCGCAGCCGGCGACCUUCAUCCCAAAAGGAAGAGGAGGCGCGAAGGGGGCGGCGGAAGACCCCCCUGGAGGAGCAGACACCACCAGCACGUCCCGCCGGUGCUGCUCGUGCAACCCAAAUCCUCCAUUACGCACCGCGGCGCUUUCGGUGCCUUGCAGCUGAGCCCGGAUUUCUACCUUCACCCUCAUCACCUCGAGCCGAGCUUCCCGGAGAGCAGCGACACCGAGUCCAGUACCUACUCGGAGCGGGCCUGCCGCGACUCGGAUUUCGGCUCCAGCAGCAGCUCGGAGGACGAGGAGGAAGAUGACGACGACACGCAGUCUGAGAGCACGGAGGUCAGCUCGGAUGCGGAGGAAGAGGACGAAAGCUCCUCUCAUUCAGACUCCAGCUCUGUUUCCAGCCGGAUUUCGGUUCAGAGCAUCCGGUUUAGGCGGGCCCGGGUGGGGACCCUCGCCAAAACUCUUAACCCUAUCAAGGCGCCUCUGCUUCUGCAGCCCACUUUUCACUACGACCACCAGCAGCAGCGUGACAACUCACCGCAGAGCCAUGUUGCCGACGAACACGAGCACUGUGAAAUCCGGGAAAAAUCGCCUUCCGCGUCCCUCUCGGUUAUUUUCACCGAGAACAAAUGCGAGAAGGAAGGAGCGAACUCUGACUCGGCGGUCGAACGCGUCCGUUUUGAGCCACAGAUGAGCGCGACCCUCCGUGCAUCGCGCAGCACAUCGGCGUGUCCCGCCGCCCAACACGGUGGCCGGGACAAAGGCGUGAAAUGCACCGGACAAAGACUGCCCUCUCCGCCCGAGAAAAUAAAGACCGAGACGGAGGAGCUUUGCGUGACGGCGUCGCCGCGCUCCGAGAGCGGCUGCGAGGUCUCCGCGACGCCGCCUCUUGCGCUCCACAAAGUGGAAUUCAAAUCGGAGGAGUGUUGCGAUGAAUACGAGCGCCGGAGCCAGGCCGGCGCAGUCCCAUUCAAAGAGCCCCCGAUCGCCGCGGACCAAUAUUCCGGCAACGCAGACGCGGCAGGAAGGGAAGCGAAAUCCGCCGGGAGUACCCCCGACGGAUAUAAAAGCACCCGGGACCGACUCGAAGGGAGGGAGGCGAAGAGCCAAAAGUGCGGGGCUUCGGAGCUGGGGAGGAGAUCCGGGCUGGCCAGGGUCACCAGGGCUGCCUCCACCUCCUCCACCUCCUCCUCCUCCUCCUCCUCCUCCUCCUCCUCCUCCUCUCAGCCCUGCGUGGAAGACUCCGCGGAGAAUUUACCGAGCCGACGUAAACGCAGCAUUGCGAACGCUUCGACGUGCAGCGCCAAAAUGCCUUUCAGCCUCAUGGCAAACUUCCCAUUUUUGCCGGCGCUGGUGGUCGGCAGCGACGGGGAUCUAUGCCCCGCUUACUCCCUGAACUCUCUGAGGGGUCCCGGGCCUCCCCCUCCGUCUCACCCCGUGUGGCGUUGGCAGCCAGGCGGACACAUUCUCCCUCCCCCACACGCUCACAGAACCGGGAAAUAGGCCUGUUGAGCAGCGCGUAAAAACAAAAACUCAAAGACAAGAAAAGCCGCGUCCAUCUCCAAA